GCUGCCCCCUGCGCACCAUGAGCUGGGCAUGGCCUUGCGGCUCAGCGGUGCUGCACGUCCUCGGGCGGCUGCCCCUGCUCCUGCCCCUGCUGCUGUUGUGGCGUGUCCCGGCGGCCGUGCGGGGUGACUGUGGCCUCCCCCCGGAUUUACCUAACGCCAUGCCAGAUCUGAGAGAACUCUCAACUUUUCUUCCUGGAGACACGGUAACAUACACAUGUGACACCAACUUUGUGAAAAUCCCAGGCUUGUCUGACACGGCAACCUGUCAGGAAAGCCACCAGUGGUCCGAGAUGCAGCCAUUCUGCAACCGCAGCUGUGAGGAUCCACCCCAUCUAAUAUAUGCAUCCCUGAAAAGGCCUUACCGUGAUCAGAAUUACUUCCCUGUCGGCUCCACUGUGGAAUACGAGUGCCGUUUGGGCUACAGACGGGACCAGGGCAAACCAACAAUCACUUGCCUUGAGAAUUUAGAAUGGUCCCAACCUGAACAGUUCUGUACAAAAAAAAGAUGUCCUCAUCCUGGAGAGAUAACCAAUGGCGACAUCAGGAUAGAAACUGACUUACUGUAUGGUUCAACCAUAUACUUCUCCUGUGAGACGGGGUAUCAAUUAAUUGGCGCAGCUUCUUCCUUCUGUCUCGCUUCGGAGCAUGGUGUUAAUUGGAGUAACAAACUUCCGAUUUGCCAAGAAGUACAAUGUCCAGAUCCUCCACCAAUUGAGAAUGGGAGAAUUAGAGAAGAAUCUGCCAGUUACGUGUAUAGACAGGUUGUCUCAUAUCAGUGCAAUAAAGGCUUCGUCAUGGUGGGAGACGGCAAUACUUUUUGCAAUGAAGAAGGAGCCUGGAGUACCCCCCUCCCUGAGUGCAGAGGAAAAAAUGCAGCUCCCAAAACUACAGUGUCCACAACAUCAUCAACUCAAAGGCCUUCCCAAAGCAGUGGUCCAGGUAUUGAAGUCCCACCAACCACUCGGAAACCUUCCUCAGCCAGUACUUCAGGUACUAGACUCCCACCAACAUCUCAGGAACCCACCACAGUCAAUACUACAGUUACAAGAGUCUCACCACUUCCUCAGAAAUACAUCACAACCAGACUUUCACCAACACCUCAGAGACCCACCACAGUGAAUAUUCCAGCUAGAGACACUAUGCCAACACCUCAGAGACCCACCACAGUGAAUGUUCCAGCUAGAGGCACUAUGCCAGCACCUCAGAGACCCACCACGGUGAAUAUUCCAGCUAGAGACACUAUGCCAGCACCUCAGAGACUCACCACAGUGAAUGUUCCAGACACUAUGCCAACACCUCAGAAACAUACCACAACCAGAUUUUCACCUACACCUCAGAAACCCCCCACAAUCAAUGUUUCAGCUGCAGACACUAUGCCAACACCUCAGAAAAUCACCACAGUCAAUGUCACGGCUACAGACAUCACAUUAGUAUCUCAAAAAAUUGCCAGAGUAAAUGCUUCAGUUACUAGACUCUCAUCAACACCUGAGAAACCCCCCACAGUCAAUGUUCCAGCUAUAGACGCUGCCCAAACACACCAGCAACCCAUCACAGCGAACGUUCCAGCUACCAGACCUCCACUAACACCUCAGAAAAUCGCCACAGUCAACGUUCCAGCUACAGAUGCCACACGGAUACCUCAGAAACCCACCUCCAUAAAGGCUUCAUCUCCAAGACUUCUACCAACAUCCCAGAGACCCACUAUGAUAAAUGCUUCCGUCACAAAGGCCCCAGCCACAGCACAGACACCCCCCAUAUCAAACGCUUCAUCUACAAACACACCAGUGGCAGCCCAGAAUCCCACCAUGGCUAAGGCACCUGCCUCACAGCCCCCACCGACCAGCCAGAGAGUCACUGUAAGAAAGCCGUCAUUCACACACAGUCUUUCAACAACAAAGUUCACUGCUUUCCAUACCCCACUGACUAAGGGUCUCCACAGUACCACGAGUCUUACUUCUGCUCCUAUUACAGCAACACAAGAGGCACCUGUUUCCACGACAACCAAGCAUACAAAAAGCACACCUGCGAGUGAGCACGACUCCUCCUCAGGUGCUUCCAAGAUUAUACUUGGUAAGUUUGACUCUCAGACAGUUAAAAACAGUUGUCACCCCUGCGGGGUUUACAACCCAUUUUCCUGGGAGAGAAUAUCGUCCUUUUACUGUCUCAGGAAAACUGCCCGAAUGCAGUGUGUGUGGCUGCCUCAGCGAACACGGGUGCAUGCAUUGUACAGGCAUGUUGUGUGGACCCCGUUAGGUACUCAGUAUGUUCCUCUGUAUUCCAAAUCAUGUUCCUGCUCCAAGGUAAUUGCAGGGCGACUUCAAAUCCUUUGGCCAGCCAGUCAAGUGUUACUGCGUGCCCAUUGUAUUAAUACAUCAUUCUAGGUACUUCAAUAUUUCAGUAGCCAGAGGAUGCAGCCAUUAGUCCAGUGACUAACCUCAAGUAUUUCAUCCUUAACCAUGAACUAGCAUCCUUAACCAUGAACUAGCCCUUGACCAUUCCAGAUUUCUGUUCUAGCCCGAAGAAAGCCGGGGGGGUGUCCGUCGAUUCUACUCUUCAGCUCUCCCUUUCCCCUUCUGGUCAACGACUUAAAAGUAUGUUAGCUACACGAGGCCAAAACAUUAAUUGUGCCACAGGGAGUGCUUCAGAGUUUAAGUCGGUCUUUGUUGUAAACAUACUGUUUGAUGUGCAAUGCUUCAACAAGAUGAAUGAACUUCUGUGUUUGCUAGGGAUAAAUAGAGCGAACUUGGCAUACUAUUAAGUCUGAUAGAAUAUAGACUUUCAUAUGAAAGUGUUUAGCAUUUUGUACUUAUAAGUGAAGUCCCCUAUCAUAUGCAUGCCAAAGAACAGCACGACUGAGACAGAUACUUUAUUUUUACUGUUAUUACUAUUAUUAUUCGUCAUGAUUGCUUGCAUUUACCAUGGUAUCAUGAAUGAACCUCUCCUCAGCUAAUCUUGGAACAUUCCAACAUUUGGAAUUCACUUUGUUCAUUCUAUAUUUCACAUAGAAAUAAAUGUAUUCUUAUUGAAUUUCCCAUGAUUUAACAAUUAUUUGUACGAAAGUGAAGACAUUAAUGGAUGAGCUUUCUCUUGCUGUACCACUUGGUAUUUCUCAGUGAAAGUUUUGGAUUCUUUUUCCCCCUGAAAUGUUUGAAGCACAGAUUUCCCCGGACGCAUUUCCUGAGGUUGCUUGUAAGUUCAGUUUGUGCCCAGCAGGAAAGAGGAGCUCCUUCCUUCUCACGUCAGACACAGAACACACUUUUGGUGAUGUUAUCCUUUUAAGACAUGACUGAAAUUUUACAUCUUAAAUUUUUUUCUAUGAAUCGAGUCUUUUUGUCACUUUAAAGAUAAAUCAAUGAUAUUUCAAGGAGAUGACUUUUGUUGAUUACUUUGCAGUGAAAGUGGGCGAUAGAGGUGAUGGUACAAUUCUCUGAUUACUUGAUAUUUUUCCUCUUCGAUGCCACUAAAAAUCAAGAUUGGUUCAUCAUCACAGAACUUCUGGUUUUGCCCAAGAAAGGAUGCAGUAAUUGUGAAUUUUCAGAAAUCUUUAUAUUAGUUCUGUAUCUGUAUUUCUUAUUUUUGUUUGUUGUUUUUUUGUUACUGCUUUAUUUCCACCAGGAACAUUUUUAGACAUUCAUUAUUGUUCCUCUGUGAGAUUUUAAUUGCACACAUAUAUUCUGUUUCUUCAUUUUCUACAUCUGUGUCUGUACUUUAGAAAUUUGAAGGAAAGUAAAUAUUUUUUUUAACCUUGGAAUGACGGAAGCUCCAUUGAACCUACCUACUCUAGGGAAUGUUUUUGUUUUUAGAGACAAUAGCAUGUAGGAGAGCAAGCUUAGCCCUUGGAGUCUGUCAGACUGCAAUUGGAAUCUAGAGCUCUUCAUUGAGUUAUUGUUCAACCCAAGUGAUUGGUUUAAUUUCCAGGAGUCCCAGCAUUUUUAUUUAUUAGAUGGAAGCCUUAUGUGAUAAUGGGUUUACAAACUCCUAGCUCAGUGCCAGAAGUUGACUAAUUUAGUAGCAUGAAGAAGGCCUCACAUGCAAUCACUGUUGCUUUCUUAGGAUGAAUUUUUGAAUAUACUAUUUCUUGUGGCCACACCAAAAAGUAAGACUACAGUAAAUAUUUGCCUUGUUGUGUGGUAGUUACUACCCCGAGAUUGGCAGGGAUAUACAUAUAUAUUUUCUU